AGACCAUUCCCAGUCCUUCUUUGGCCUUUUCCCCCUCGCUCUUUCUGUUCUUCCCCGCUUCUCGAAUUUCCCAUUCCCAUUGUGUGCCAGAUUCGGGUCAGAGUAACUCACUAGCGCGGUGAGAUGCAGGGAAGAGGCAAAUGAGAUUCGCCGACAUUUCGUUGAAGCUCGUAUCUCACUAAUUCCACGAUUCACUAGCGGAACUCUUGACGGCUUUCCCCCGCCGAAAUGCUUCUGCGUCGUACUCUCCACGAGUAGUCAUCGUCGGGUCAAGCCAGCCAUUCGGGUCUCACCCCGCCAAGCCCGCUACUGUAGCUUGAACCUUUGUUGCUCGUGGAUGGACUCGCACGAUCAUCGUGCUCCUAGGCGGUGUGCGAGGCACCAUGGAGCCCGGAGUGCCAGGCUGAUUGCGCGAGCGGCGGAUGCGAGCGAUUGCGACUUGUGCGACGGCGAGAAGCGAUCAGAAUGAACGCCACCCCGCCGUGUGUUGCCCGCAGUCGCCACACGGCUCCGUCUAGGCCGAUCCACUCCCAUGGCUGACAGCAGUGCUCGCCGCCCCGACACCCGCAACGCGUACGAUCACGCUCGCGGUAGCGGUGGCCAUCGCGGUGGCAGUGGGAGCAGCAGCAGCAGCAGCGGCGAGAGCGAGGGGUGGCGGAGAGCGCAGGUGCGCGGAAUGCUGUGCGCGCCCAUGGCGGCCGGGCGAGUGGUGUCGCUGGACGGGCUGCUCGUCACUGCCUCCCUCGUUCCGCGCUCAACGCCCCCUCACCCCCAUGCCGCCAUGCCGCCUCACCCCCAUGCCGCCACGCCCCCUCACCCCCAUGCCGCCACGCCCCCUCACCCCCAUGCCGCCAUGCCGCCUCACCCCCAUGCCGCCACGCCCUCUCACCCCCAUGCCGCCACGCCCCCUCAACCCCAUGCCGCCAUGCCCCCUCAACCCCAUGCCCCCAUGCCCCCUCGCCCCCAUGCCGCCAUGCCCCCUCACCCCCAUGCCCCCAUGCCCCCUCGCCCCCAUGCCGCCAUGCCCCCUCACCCCCAUGCCGCCAUGCCCCCUCGCCCCCAUGCCGCCAUGCCCCUUCACCCCCAUGCCGCCAUGCCCCCUCACCCCCAUGCCGCCAUGCCUUCGUCGUUCUCCAGCCAUCACCAUCAACCACAGCAGCAGUGGAAGCAGCAGCAGCAGCAGCAGCAUCAACGGCAGCAGCAGCAGCAGCAGCAGCAGCAUCAAUGGCAGCAGCAGCAGCAGCAGCAGCAGCAGCAGCAGCAGCAGCAGUACCUGAGCUGGGUUCACAACAGCAAGCAGGGAGGGGAUGAGGGAGCCAACCUAGCGUCAGCUGCUGCAGGGCAGCGCGCCAAGCUGCCAGCGACCUGCCAGCGUGACAGGGGAUGUGGGUCGAACGACGAGGAGAGGUGGGGCGUGGUGUGUGCGCAGCACAUGGCGAGCGGGCGGCAGGUGCAUGUGUUCUUGUACGCGCACCCCCUCAUCCGCCCCACCACCCUACCCCCCUGCCCCAUCCCUGAGAGUCUUGGCGUGGGCGCCUCUUUCUCUCUCCGCCACGCCCUGCUGCUGCCCGCGCCAUCCGCCACCGCUGUCAGCUCAGACGACCUUGCCAUCUGCCACGUGCCUGGCGGGCUGCCCACCCGAGGGAUUGCACCACCUGCUGCCGCAGCAAACGAUGGGGCAGCGGGUAGCAGGCGCUCUGAGAGCACGCAGUCCGGACAUGUGGUGCGCGUGCGCAUGGUGGCUUGCUCCCAGAUGCUCCUGCUCCCGCUCGCCCCUCCUCCCCCUGCUGCCGCUAAUGCCGCUGCUGCUGCUGCUCCCCCGCCCCCUCAUCCCCCGCUGCCACGUGUUAAGCAUGCUUCGCCAGCACCACCCGCCCCUCCCUGGCCCGCGCCACAUCACUCUCUUGCGGCUGCACCCGUGCUGUGGCCCAUGGGCCGUGCUCCCAUGCCUGCUGCUUCCACGGGUGGUGCACUCGUGGGUGGGGCAUCCACGGGCGCGGCACACCUGCGUGCUGCAGCAGAGGCAGGCGGGCGGCUGAGGGGGAGUGGUGCAGAGAGGAGGGGUGGGAGAAGAGAGGCGGGGGUGGAGGAGAGAGAGCAUGGUGGCAUGCGAGGAAGGGGAGAGGCAUCGGCAAGAGGAGGGUGCACGAGGGAGGACAGGGGAAACGGAGAGGGCAGGUUGGCACAGGGAGGGGGGGGGGCGGAUGGGGCUCAUGGCGAAGAAGGGAUGGGAGUGAGAGGAGCGCGAGGAGAAGCAGCAGCAGGAUGGCAGGAGCGGGGGUGGAGAGGCGGUAUGAGUAUGAGUGGAGAAGAGCUGGCAGGAGAUGGAGAGAGGGUGCGCAUUCGAUGCUCGCUAACAGCAGUGCACUCUGUGGCUCUGCUGCCUGUAUGCCCCUGUGCCCAAACGACACAUGCGUGUGAGCAAGGGGAGCACUUGGAGCGUGAGACCCACAGGCACGGCAGGCGGCAGGGGGUGGGGCAGCAGGGGGCGGGGCAGCAGGGGGUGGGGCAGCAGAGGCCCCUGCAUGUGUGCGCCUCUGCCGUGCUGCUGCCAGCACAUGGGUGUGGGGCCGGGGAGAGCGUGGAACGUGGGGGGUACAUGCAUGGGAGACACCAGUUAGGAGAGCACGAGUUCGGGGGGCAGCAGUCAGGGGGGCAGCAGUCAGGGGGGCAGCAGUCAGGGGGACAGCAGUCAGGGGGGCAGAUUCAGGAGGAAGCGUGGGGAAUGAAAAAGGAAGACGAGAGACGCGAGGAGGAUGAAGAGCGGGAGGAAAGGGCUCAAAGGGCAGGACUUGAAAGCAAGGGGGGAAGGGUUGAUGAACUGGAGCAAGUGGGAGAGGAGUGUGGGGAGGAGGGGUGUGGGGAGGAGGGGUGUGGGGAGAAGAGGGAAGCGGUGCGCUGUUCUUGGGGGGAGAUGAGAGGGGAUGGUCGAAGUGGCGCGCGUAACGGAGUGAGUGGUUGGGGCGUGGAAGCGGGGGAUAUGGAGAUUGGUGAGAGUGACAGGGGGAUGGAUGGGAGUGAUGGGAGUGAUGGGAGUGAUGGGCGUGAUGGGAGUGAUGGGAUGGAUGGGCGUGAUGGGAGUGAUGGGAUGGAUGGGCAUGAUGGGAGUGAUGGGAUGGAUGGGCGUGAUGGGAGUGAUGGGAUGGAUGGGCGUGAUGGGAGUGAUGGGAUGGAUGGGCGUGAUGGGAGUGAUGGGCGUGAUGGGAGUGAUGGGAUGGAUGGGGACACAGAAAGGAGUGUGAGAGAGGUGGGAGGGAGCACGGAGGGCAGUGAGUUGAGCGGUGCAGUGAUGAGGGAGGGAGGAGUGAGGGGAGAUGGCAGGCUGAAAGGCGAUGAGCAAGGUGGUUGGGAUGAGGCGGAGGAGCGGGCAGCGAGGCCGGGUGAUGCGGAGGAGUGGGCAGCGAGGCCGGAUGAUGCGGAGGAGUGGGCAGCGAGGCCAGGUGAUGCGGAGGAGUGCGGGCGAGAGGGGCGAGACGGGCAAGAGGGGGAAGAGGGGCAUGCGUUUGCCUUCCUGCACCGGGAGAGUGGCAGUGAGUUCAGCAGGUGGAGAGAGCGCAGGGCGUGUGGUGCGUGUGGGUGCUACACUGACAGGCACGGCGUGCAUGUCAGCCGCUUGUUGUGCUCUUUAGACACCGGCACCCACGUCAUCCCAGCAGCAGCCAGUGGGUCCGAAGCAGCGCUCCUCCUCUUUGCCCGCCUGCUGCCGCCUCUGCCCGCCGCCUCCCCGCCCGACGCCUCUCUGCCCGCCACCUCCCUGCCUGACGUCUCUCUCCACGACGCCUCUCUGUCCGCCGCCUCGCUGCCCUGGUCGUCCCGUCCAUGCUGCGCUCCCGCGUGCGCUGGCAGGGGGGGCGAGGUGAGUGCGGAGCCAUGGCAGCAGGGUGCGAGGGGGGGGGUGUGGGAGGCGGAGCAGCGGGAGGUGCAGCGCCGGGUGAGGCGCAUGGUGUGCGAGCGAGGGGGGGUGCAGGUGUGCGAGAGCAGCAUGGCGUGGGGCGAGGGGGGGAGGAGGGUAGGGAGAAGGACGGAGGGAAAGGGUGAGAGGAAGAGAAGUGCUGCUGAUCUGGGGAGUGAGGUGGAGGAGGAGGAGGAGGAGGAGGAGGAGGAGGAGGAGGAGGAGGAGGAGGAGGAGGAGGAGGAGGAGGAGGAGGAGGAGGAGGAGGAGGAGGAGGAGGAGGAGGAGGAGGAGGAGGAGGAGGAGGAGGAGGAGGAGGAGGAGGAGGAGGAGGAGGAGGAGGAGGAGGAGGAGGAGGAGGAGGAGGAGGAGGAGGAGGAGGAGGAGGAGGUGGAGGUGGUUGUGGUGAUGGAGGGUGAGGAGUCGGAGAGGAGGAGUGAGGGUGAGGAGUCAGAGAGGGAGGGGAGUGGGGGAGAUGAGGCAGAGAGGGAGGGUGAGGAGGCAGAGAGGGAGAGGAGUGAGGGUGAGGAGGCAGGGCGUGACACUCUUGGUUUGCAGAUUGUAUGUGGAGUGACGGCAGUGAGUGGUGCAAGGGGGGAGGAUGCAAGGCUAAGCCAAGGAGGAGCAGCGGGUGUAGGUGCAAGUGCUGCAGGGGCAGGAGUAGUCGCCUCUGUGCUGCCAGCAACGGUGGGCCCCACUGGCAGUGGUCCUGCUGCUGCCGCACAUGGCAGCAGGGGAGGGGGCGAUGGGGAGGAGGGGCUGAUGAGCGUGAACGCGGGGGGACGUGUGAAGGAUGGAAAUGAGGCCAGCGGGGGUGGGAUGGGCGAAAAGGAGUCCAAAGCGGUUGAGAUGGAUGCGGAGGAGCAGAGGCUGCUGGCGCUGGUGAUGGCAAUGGCUGCCAGGCAAAGACCCAAGAUGGUCAUGCUGCAUCAAGUCAAUGACCUCUCAGCCAUUCGAGCAGCCGAGCGCCACGGCUGCGCCAUCAGGGAACGGAGUCCACACACGUCCAAUGGGGUGCCAUGGAGGGUUGUCCAAGUGCUGCCUGUGGAUGCCCUGCUGGAAGCCCACCGGUCGCUGCACGCCCCCAUGCCAUGACGCACUGCUGCACGCUUUGCCGAACCAUGAUUAUUCAAGGAAGGAACGACCCGUUGCGCAUCCCCUCACAGAAGAUUUUGUGCUAUUCCAACC